AUGGGAAAGCGAUUACAUAUAUACAAUCUUGUGGAGAAAUUUGACUCGGAGUUCGCAACUAUAAGGGAUGGUGACGCUGAGGCAGAGCACGAAACCUUACAUAGUACACCAUUAACAAUAGGACCUUUGUCACCGUUGGAUUCUAAUGUUGCAUCAAUAUACACACGGGUCAUGUAUAGGAAGGUAAAAUUUCAGAUGGCCCUAUCGCACGGUGUAAUAACUGUGUCCGAUACAGUGGUUGGUCACACGCGUGUGUACACGCUAUCGAGGUAUAGAUGCAGGGGUCGCAAUCAUGUGGUAACUGUCAAUGAACACAAUGGAGAACUUAAGUGCUCAUGCUUGUUCUUCGAAACAAACGGUUAUGCGUGUCGUCACUUGAUACACGUACUGAUCCAGAGGGACGUCGGAGAGUUUCCACCAUGUUUGAUACUCAAGAGAUGGACUAGGCGUGCCAAAGAGAUGGCACCAGAUGGAGGGAAUAAUUCAAUUCCGCUUGAACUUGCCAUCAAGGUGAGGUAUGGGGCGUUAACUUCGUUUGGGAACAUGGCAUUUCGUUUGGCUAGCCGGACAGUGGAAAGUUUCAAUGAGGCAAAAAUAACAAUGUUAAACAUGGCCGACAAGUACCGCGAGCGAACCAGCACAACCGAUCAGACAAAUGUGGAAGGAACAGAGGUUCCUACAAUCAGGGACCCAGCAAUAACAGUGCGUCCACAGCGAUCCACCACUACUCGGGCCACUCAAAGCACAUUGCGCAAAUGCUCUAUUUGCAAGGCGACUGGUCAUGAUAAAAGGCGUUGUCCAUCGAUAAUAACAGGAAAUGUUAGAGAAGAUGGUGCCAUCACGGGGGAUACUGCGCAACCAUCCACCUCACGUGAUCCAAACUUGAGCUCGGUGAAUUAUGGAUUACAUAAUUGGCCAGCUUCCUCUCAUGACUCAGUCGAGCUUUAG